UCUAGCCAAAAAGCCAACAUAGUGUGGAAUGUGGAGGUCCUCUUUUGUGACAUUCUGAAACCCUUCCCCUAUCCUCUUCUCACUCACUCACUCUCAUACCCCAAACCAAAAACCUCACUUUCCACCAUGGCAAUUUCUUCAGCAGCAGCCUCAACCUCAAAACUCUCAUACCCUCAACAUAUCCACCAUUCUUCUCCUUCACCCUCCUCCAAUUGCCUCUUCCUCAAAACACACACACCCUCCACAACCCACCUCUCCUCUUCCUUCAUCCACCCCUCCACAAUCCUCCCCCUCCCCCCCGCCGCUGCCACUACCCUCCGCCGCUCCUUCACCGUCCGCGCCGCCCGCGGCAAGUUCGAGCGCAAGAAGCCCCACGUUAACAUCGGCACCAUCGGCCACGUCGACCACGGCAAGACCACCCUCACCGCCGCCCUCACCAUGGCCCUCGCCUCCCUCGGCAACAGCGCCCCCAAAAAAUACGACGAGAUCGACGCCGCCCCGGAGGAGCGCGCCCGCGGUAUCACCAUCAACACCGCCACCGUCGAAUAUGAGACCGAGAACCGCCACUACGCCCACGUCGACUGCCCCGGCCACGCCGACUACGUCAAAAACAUGAUCACCGGCGCCGCCCAGAUGGACGGCGCCAUCCUCGUCGUCUCCGGCGCCGACGGGCCUAUGCCCCAAACCAAAGAACACAUUCUCUUGGCCAAACAAGUCGGCGUCCCCAACAUUGUCGUCUUCCUCAACAAACAGGACCAGGUUGAUGACGAGGAGCUUCUUCAGUUAGUUGAAUUGGAGGUUCGCGAGCUUCUUUCCUCGUACGAGUUCCCCGGCGACGAUGUUCCGAUUAUCUCCGGUUCCGCUUUGCUUGCUUUGGAAGCUUUGAUGGCCAACCCUGCCAUCAAGCGCGGCGAAAACCAAUGGGUUGAUAAAAUUUACGAGCUUAUGGAUGCUGUGGAUAACUACAUUCCCAUCCCUCAGCGUCAAACUGAACUUCCCUUUUUGCUGGCCAUUGAGGAUGUUUUCACCAUCACCGGUCGCGGAACUGUCGCCACCGGAAGGGUUGAGAGAGGUACCAUUAGGGUUGGAGAGACUGUUGAUAUUGUUGGUGUUAAGGAAACUAGGAACACCACUGUGACUGGGGUGGAAAUGUUUCAAAAGAUUUUGGAUGAGGCUUUGGCCGGGGACAAUGUGGGGUUGUUGCUUAGGGGUAUUCAGAAGACUGAUAUUCAGAGAGGGAUGGUUUUGGCUAAGCCUGGAACCAUUACCCCUCACACCAAGUUUUCCGCAAUUGUAUAUGUUUUGAAGAAGGAAGAGGGUGGCAGGCACUCUCCGUUCUUUGCCGGGUACCGGCCUCAGUUCUACAUGAGGACUACCGAUGUUACUGGCAAGGUAACUGCCAUUACGAAUGACAGAGAUGAGGAGUCCCAGAUGGUUAUGCCGGGCGACCGCGUUAAGAUGGUGGUUGAACUUAUUGUGCCUGUGGCUUGUGAACAAGGAAUGAGGUUUGCUAUUAGAGAAGGAGGCAAAACUGUUGGAGCUGGUGUUAUCCAAUCCAUCAUUGAGUAAUUAGUAAGUUGUUAUGAGAUUGGUAUCCCAACUACUUGACUCUUACACUGUGAGCAGAUAGUAUCUAUCACCGACAAUGGGCUUGUGCAAUUGAGUUUUGUCAUUUUACACAACUUGCUGUUAUAUCCAUUUUGUUAUAUUUUGUAGGUUUCUAGAUCAUGUUUAGUCGAGUUGGACAAUGAGUUUCCGCUUGUUUAACUUCCAUCUUUUUUUAUUGUUAUGAUUCAUCUGUUAAGUACUUGAGCAAGAUUCCGUAAAUUUUUGCAUGCCUGAAAUUAUGAAAAUGUCUUACAAAGCUGAACAGUGUUUUCUCUUUAGUACAUUCAUGCUAUGUUUGGGUGGAGGGUGAGUCACUUCCUUUGUUUGGAUGUAAGAGGGGAACUCGUUACCCCUUGUUUAGGAGUUGAAGUAAAGAGAAUAUUAAGUUGUUUUCUCUUAUUAUCUUAUUUAAGUUAAACUAAAUACACUCUUUCCCCUAUUUAGCCCCCAAUGCAAUGGGAAAGGUUUUAGUGGGUUUGAGCAGGAAUCCCCUGUUUGAAUUCUUCCAAAAAGGGGUUUGGCACACUUUUCCCUUCCAUUGUUGUCCCCUUACCAUUAAUCCAGACCCAGCAAUGUUUCUUAUAAUCUACAAUAAUGCAAGUAUUACACUAAUGUGGUUACCCCUCUUUUUUUAUUAGAUAUGUUGAAAUAAUGUAAUUGGUGUUGCUCAUUAUCCUGAGACAGUUGGUGCUCAUGCCUGUUCAUUUUGUGUGGUAGAAGUCUUACUGAAAUUUUAUUUUGGAUGUAUAGGUCUUUAUUGAAAAUAAGCAUGCAAUUAGCAAGUUAACUACUUAUCUUGGCAGUCUAUAUGAGAUUUAAGCUAUGAAAACAUGUCUCAUGCUCUUCACACUCAGGUUAGAGGCCCUUUAUGUUCAGAGUGUAGUAAUAUGUCCUGAAUCCUGAUCACAUUCAUAUCAUAGAAGACGUUUCCUUGUCAUAUUUAUCUAAGUUUCCUUGGCAUAUUUAUCCAAGAUAUCCAUGACAAAAUUGUUAGAGAUAAACCCAUAAGUGUCUCACUUCUCUUCCACUUAUUUAUAUUUGUGUGUGUUUUAAUAUGUAUUAUGUCAAUAGGUUCAGUUGACAAGAUAUCAUGCUCCCCCCCCCCCCAACUUAUACAUGAAAGGGGAAAUGAGGACUCAUUUUGUUAACAGAAUAAGUACUUGUAUUCAAUGAUACGAGGGGAUGGGGGAAGUUGUUGAGAAGUAAAUUGGAACGGAUAGAACUGGGUCUCUUGAAUACCUAGGUGAAGGAUAGGGAGAUAAUUGAGGGGAAAAGGUGCAAGCUGUGAUGGUGGCUAUGGAGGGUAGGGCUCUUGGUUGGUUUAGAAGGUGGGGAAUCUUGCUCACAAUUCUUUCAUGGAAGGGUUUCUAAAUAGCAGUAAUGAGGCAAUUUCAGCCUUCCAUGAAUAGAAACUCGUGCAUUGCUGCUGGGUUUGAAGCUGACUAUCACAGUGGAGUAUUUCAGGGAGUGAUUCAAGUUGUAUGCUGACCUGCUGGGGUGCACCGAACUUAUUAUUUUUUGCAUCUUCUGGUGAACUGAAAUUCAUGUGAAUUCUUGAUCUGCAGUACAACUUUUGUUCUUUAGCUCAUCGUUACUACUGAAGAUAUUGUUUUUUGCAA